GGGGCAACUCCGUACAACACGACCCCCACACACCUCCCUGUGGUACUACAAGUACUCGUAUGCAAGACACAAGCCUGGAUAUUAAAUAAGCUUGCGCGCGUAGCGCCCUGAGCAUCACUCCGCAGCUCCCGCACAGACCAACAGUGAAAGGCACUCCCCUUGGCAAGCGGUGCGCCAACCACCAACCCCACGGGUCGCCCUCUCCUCGUCGCCAGCACAUCGCACAUCCUCCUCGCUCUGUAAGUAUAGUACCUCGCAUCUAUCGUACCCCAACGGGCCUGCCGACCUAUGAUGCGCCCUGGGAUUUGCAGACGUCGCUCGUCACUUCGCCAUUGGAAACCGAGCUACAGUUGCUCGUAAGCCCGCUUUUCGUCUCCAAUGAUGUCCUUGGCCGCCUGCCCCCUGAAUCACAUCUCUGCUGUCGCACUGCAUUUUCCCCGCCUUGUGUCUUUUCCCCCUUCAAUCUCGUCAGUGAUUUCCUUCUGUCACGCUUUCUCCGCUGAGGCGGUAACGAUCGUCCUUACUGGAGUCUAUCUACGCGGAUGUAUUGGAUUACCUGUAGAUCGACUGUUUGCGUUGGCACGCUGUUGUUCAGGUCCAGAGUAUUCAAAGAUCAAGGCAUCCGUAGAGGUUUCAUAGAUUCGAUUUUCCUUUUCCUCAAUCUACCCUGUAAAGGGAACUUUGAAUACACUUUGACUUUUUUUCCCAGAGUAACACCCCCC